AUGAAUUCUGUCCCUUUCCAAGACAUAUUGAAUAAAACAAACAAAACUAGAUGUAAUAGUCCCUAUAUAUCUUCAUGUACAAGUAGUAUAAUAUCUUAAGGUUCAUCUAAAAGAUAGUCAGCUGUUUAUUCAUCCAAUUCAUCGUAUGCUGAGUCGAAUCAAAAGACAAAGCCUGAUGAGAAGACUAUAAAUUAGUUAUAUUCCCUUUUUAAAUAAUAAGGAUUUGACAAUAUAAAUGGACUACUUAAAUUCUUAGAUGCUCAACGUGAUUAAUAGGCUCGAAAAAGUACAUCGCCAAUGCUUAGGACAGUUCAGGAUGAGAAUGACAGAAAAAAGUUUGGGAUCAUGAUAAAUGAGGCAAAGAUGGGUUUGAAUUAGUUAGAGCACAAAAUCAUAAAUUUAUAAAACAAACAAGAGAGUAGAAACAAUAUGACAUAAAAGUAUAAGAAUCUAUUGACAGAAGAUGAUGAAAAUCAUGAAUAUUUGUAUGAAAAUAGACAGGACUACAAAAAGCUAUACACCUAAACUCUGAAUGAGAAAGAAUAACUCCAAAAGAAGGUUGACUAAAUAGUUUAAGAGAACAGACAAAGAGAUGACAAAAUCAAUUCUUUACAUUAAGAAGUUGAAUUACUCAAAAAAUAAAUACAAGGAUUACUAAUUCUAAAAGAGGAGAGUUCAUAAUCUCCACGACCUUCGAUAAGUGGUUCAGAUUAUACAUUCACACUCAAUGUUUGCAAUUCAGAAGUCAGAGGAGACAAACCAAUUCGCCUAUAAAGAUUUUUUGCAUACUUAAAGUUAGUAGAUAAAACGAAUUUGAUAGUAGAGAUUAUUCAUCAUCAUAAUAUACUCCAAGCAUUUUUACCAAUUUUAUUUAGAAUAUUAGUGUUGGCCCCAGCUCCAAUAAGUAUGUCUGCAAUUUUAUAAUGGCCAUACGAAAGAGCUAAAUGGACAGCAGUAUUUCCAUCAUCCUGCUUAAGUAAAAAAAUACAUUUUAAAUGUUAAUAUCUGCUCCCUUCUUAAUCAGUUCUUUGA